ACGUCCAUUCGUCUCAACCUUGGGCAUUUGCACACAAUGAUAAAUGUGAGGCAAAUUGUGACGGCAAAGUGGCUGCCGCGAUGACUUUCACUUUCAGUAUGAGGUGCGUUCAAAGACCAGCGACAAAACACUAUCGAGCGACUCAAUCAUGUCGGCUGUCCAACAAUUGUGUCUUGUGAAUGGCAGUGAAGGUGAAUUGUACAUUCUGCCAUGUUGCGGACGAGCAUUCGAAGACCCUGCGAAGUAAAUCCUUUUGGGGGGCAGAAGACAUUUCUUUUCAUUCGCUGUUGUGCGUGUCUGCACUGUUGCAAAACCAAAAACCAAAACAAGGGUACAAAUAGACAGACAACGAGGACAAUUAGAUUUCGCGAGAAUUGAGAUUAUUCGGUUUCGCCAGUGAGGGCGGUCUGUGUUCUGGUAAAAAAAGGAAACCAAAAGCUGCUGUCAGAACUUGCAAAAUGGCGAGAACGAGUUCAGCGCGUCGCCAAGCUCUUGCUGUGUCCGUGGCGCUGGCGGCGGACGCCUGGCUGCUUCACGCCGCGGCGGGCUUCUGGGUGUCGGCGUGCGUGUUGGCGGCGCUCCGCUGUUGUUUGUCGCUCGCUUGCGUCUCCCUGCUUCACCUCGGGGAGCUCCCCCCGGCGCCGGCUCGCUUCCUCGCCGUGCACAGCGCGCUCCCCGCCGCCCUGGCGAGCCUCGGCGGCCACGUGGGCGGCGGCGCGCUCUGCUGGGCGAUGCGCGCCGGAGCCUCGCUGGCCGCGGCCUUGUUUUGGGAAGUCGCCCUGCAGGACUCGAGGGGCCGGAAAGAGAAGCAAUACAAGCGCAGAGUUUUGUUCGCGAGGGUGCUUCGCAUGUACGGACCGGACUGGCCUCUGCUGCUCGGAGGCUUCUUCUUCCUCACACUGGCUGCAGUCAGUGAGAUCCAGAUCCAGUUUUACACGGGCAAGGUAAUUGACAACCUGCACGAUUACAUGCCGGAUGAAUUCUUGUCAGCGCUGCUUCUCAUGGGCGUCUUCUCAGUGGCAAGCUCGGUGGGCGCAGGGAGUCGGGGGGGUUUCCUGACGUGGGCCAUUAACUCCUUCGCGUGCAGAGUGAAAGGAAAGCUCUUUCAAGCUCAGACCAAACAGGAAAUUGCAUUUUUCGACUCCACAAAGACAGGCGAGCUCACCUUCUUGCUGUCCAAAGACAUCCCCCUGAUGGGGGAAACGGUGUGUCUGAACAUCAACAUUCUGGUGAGGACCCUCAUCAAGACGCUGUACACCCUGGCCCUCAUGUUGAACCUUUCAUGGACGCUGACAUGUUUAGUGCUCAUGGAGCUCCCCGUCACCGGUCUCGUGCAGACCAUCUACAACACGCACCACCAGCAAUUGACGAACGCCACACACGACUCCACGACUGCGGCGAACGACACGGCCAAUGAGAUCAUCUCGGCUGUUCGGACGGUGCGCAGCUUCCGCGCUGAGAAACGCGAGGCCCGUCGCUAUGAAAACCGACUCCUGGACACGCACAGGCUCAAGACCCGGCGGGACACGGUCAGGGUUGUGUCCCUUCUGGCACAAAGGCUGACAGGUUUGGCCAUUCAUGUGCUGAUGUUGUGGUAUGGAAGACUGUUCAUCCAGAAAGGCCAGAUGACCACCGGCGACCUGAUCUCCUUCAUCCUCUACCAGUCACACAUUGGAGACAGCAUCAGGACACUGGUCUACAUCAGCGGGAACAUGUUGACCUCGGUGGGCGCCGCUGGUAAAGUCUUUGAGGUUCUGGAUCGACAGCCUCGGAUCAGGACUGAUGGGGAACUCGCACCAGAUGGGCUAACUGGACACGUCAUCUUUUGCCACCUCAACUUCGCCUAUCCGGCACAUCCCAACGUAGCGGUGCUGCAGGACUUCUCUUUGGAGCUGCCGGCGGGUCAGAUGACAGCGCUGGUCGGUGUGUCUGGAGAGGGAAAAAGCACUUGUGCCAGUCUGCUGAAGCGCUUGUAUGAGCCGCAGGACGGACAAAUUCUGCUGGACGACACCAAGCUGGAAUCGUAUGACAACUGUUUUCUCAGCAAGAAGAUCUCAAUGGUCAGCCAAGAGCCGGUUCUCUUCUCCGGUUCCGUCAGGCACAACAUCGCCUACGGCCUUCGGGACUGCUCGUCGGAUGCCGUUCGGGAAGCGGCGCGCCAGGCCGAUGCCCACGACUUCAUCAUGCAGUUGGAGAGGGGCUACGAUACCGAGGUUGGCGAGGGUGGCAAGCUCCUGUCCAAGAGCGAGCGGCAGCGCGUGGCCAUCGCUCGAGCGCUGGUCAGACGGCCGCGGGUUCUCAUCCUGGAUGAAGUCACCAGCUCCCUGGAUGAGCACAGUGAAAGCGAGGUCGUGAAGGAUCUGGCGAGGCACCCUGACCGAACCGUGCUGCUGAUCACGCACAGACUGAAGACCGUCGAGGCGGCCGACCAGAUCGCGGUGAUUGGCGGCGGUUGUGUUCAGGAGCGAGGGACCCACCGCCAGCUGAUGGACAGGAAGGGCUUCUACUGUAAAAUGAGAGAGAAGCACGCCACGGCGGGUAGCUGAUGUGUCGCCAGUCUUUGUUGGCCUCGUUGGCCUCAACGCCAUCAGAAGCACUGACCUACAGUUACGUUUUUCCGUCCUCUUAUUGGUUGGUCAGAGCAAAAGCUGAUACAGCCAACUUUGACUAGCACCAUCUCCAUUGAGUUUGAUAAAUAGAACUUUAUUUGCAUCGUUUCAUUUUUUCUUCCUGUUGAUUUAAAACUGAACUGUUAUAUUGCAUUUCUUUGUAUUGAUGGAUUCUACAAUGGUGGUAUUAAGAGAAUGGUUUUGUUUAAUCAUUUUAAUUGUUCUUUUCAUUUAUCCUGAUUUUUUUUGUUUGUUUUGUUGGGAUUUUAUCUUGAUUUGAAGCUUCUCAUUUUAUGUUAUUUUAAAUGAUUACUUCUCUACCGUUGUAUAACACCAUGCGAUUGCCUUGACUUUUCAAGAUUAUGAUGACUUACCUUGACCAAUAAAAGAAAAGUACAACUACAACAAA